CCCUUUCAUUCAUGAUCUAUUUUUGUUUCUCACGCUAUAUUAGUCAGUAAUCAUGCGACCAGACAAUCCGUCGCUUCUAUUAAAUCAAUUUAAUCGUUUCAAGUGAUUUCUGAUCCGCAAUGAGUGUGCGAGUGAAAGGGGCGAUGGAUAGGUCGUUUAAGAGAAUUUUGAGGAGACAGAAGACCGUUCACGGUGACAUGCCGGUGAAGGACGGCAGCCGGCGGUCGCUGGUCGGCGUCAUCGACGACGGCACCAAGACCGUCCGAGUUGUGAUAUACGAAGCAGAACGCUCAGAAGAGCUUGCCGCGUACCAACUAGACAAAACCGAGAUCCAGCCGCAAGAAGGAUGGUCCGAACAGGAUCCCAUGGAGAUCAUGCACCACAUCAAAAUAUGUGCCGAGAAAGCCGUCGAACAACUAGCUGUUAAAGGCUACUCGAAAGAUAACAUCGUGGCACUGGGCAUCACCAAUCAGAGGGAGACGACGAUAGCGUGGGACAGAUUCACAGGAGAGCCUCUACAUCCUGCUAUAGCGUGGAACGACAUCCGCACAGACGUCACGGUAGACGCGAUCCUCGCCAAGGUCCCGGAUCAGAACAAGAACUACCUCAAGUCCGUCUCCGGCUUGCCCAUCAGUCCGUACUUCAGCGCGUUAAAGAUGAGAUGGCUAAAGGACAACGCCAAAACCGUCCGGCGUGCCGGGCGGGACAAGAGGCUCAUGUUUGGGACGGUCGACUCUUGGAUUAUAUGGAACUUAACUGGCGGUCCACGAGGAGGUUUGCACAUUACUGAUGUCACCAACGCGUCGCGAACACUUCUGAUGAACCUGGAAACUUUGAAUUGGGACCCUAUGUUGUGUAGGUUAUUCGGAAUCCAUCGAGACUCAUUGGCCCAAAUACGAAGCAGUUCCGAAGUGUACGGCGUAGUCAAAGACGGAUCCAUCUUAGACGGAAUUAGGAUAUCGGGGAUAUUAGGCAACCAGCAAUCAGCCCUAGUCGGUCAAAACUGCCUGUCAGCCGGCCAGGCCAAGAACACCUACCGAAGCGGCUGUUUCCUCCUCUACAAUACUGGCUCCCGUCGUGUGCAGUCCACCCACGGUCUUCUAACGACAGUAGCUUACAAGCUGGGACCCCAAGCACCGCCUGUAUAUGCAUUAGAAGGCUCAAUAGCUGUAGCGGGAGGCGCCGUGAAAUUCCUCCGCGACAACCUGAAACUAAUUAAAGACGUGGCGAAGGACACGGAGCAUAUCGCCGGCCAAGUGUUCUCUACAGGGGACGUUUACUUUGUGCCGGCGUUCAGCGGGUUGUACGCGCCGUACUGGAGGAAGGACGCUAGGGGAAUUAUUUGCGGUCUGACGGCAUUCACCACAAAACAGCACAUCAUACGGGCAACGCUGGAGGCUGUUUGUUUCCAAACUAGGGACAUAUUGGAAGCCAUGAACAAAGAUUGCGGUAUGCCGCUGUCAAAACUACACGUGGACGGAAACAUGACUCGUAACGAUUUGCUAAUGCAACUCCAGGCCGAUCUCAUCGGGAUACCUGUGUUGCGUGCGCAAUCCUGGGACAUGUCAGCCCUAGGCGCAGCCGUAGCGGCCGGACACGCAGUCGGCGUGUGGUCCAUUGAAACGUGGAGGGCUACCGCUACCCCUAUCGACACCUUUCUACCCACUACCACCGAUGAUGAUCGCGACGCGCGCUACACAAAAUGGAAGAUGGCCGUCCAACGCUCUCUCGGCUGGGCCGCCAUCAAAAAGUCCAUCACCAUGACAGACGAACGUUACAAACUGCUCUCCUCGAUCCCAGCGACGCUGUUUCUCAUUGGCAGCUUCACCAUGCUAGUCGUAUCCAAUGCGCUCAAGAAUAGGUGAUAAAUGAUAAUAAGCUGUUAAGUUAAUUUAAAUCCUAUUUAAUAGGAAUAAGGAAAUACAAAUUUUUACAAUUGUUUAAUCAUUUUAUUACGUUUUAUUCUAUUAUAUUCCAAUUAUUAAAAUGACCCGCACUUACUGUAUAGUUUGCAUAGUUCGAUAAUAAAAGCUGCCGCGAGAUUUGUUUAAAGUAUCACAAGUAAAGUUAUCAUCAAAAUUCGGCGGCAGACCUGUAGACAAACCGCACAUUGUUAGUGAAUAAAACACCUAUAUUUUAUUUACGUUGUAAGCUGUAAAAGUAACAAAGUAUACUCUGGCAAACCAACUUUUUCAGAAGAAAAAGGCGCGAAAUACAAAUUUCCUAUGAGAGGACAACCCUUCGCACCUACAUUUUAUUUAAUCAAUUUGCAGCCUUUUUUGCUGACGGAAAUGGCUUGCGAAACUAUGCAAUAUGGUUUACGAAUUUUCUGUUAAUCAUGGUAUAUAUUAGACAUCGGAUCGCUUGUGUAUUUUAAAGCCCAUGAUUUGUCUUUUUUCGUGUCUCUUUCUUCUUUCUUUCGUAAUUUUCAUGUAUAUCAAUUGAAUUGAUACAAAAUUCACCCGUGGUCUGAUGUCUAAAAUGACACAUAAUUAUGUAUAACACUACAGACAACGUACCUACUACAGUGGACAUAUUAAUCAGAAAACUUUGCAGCUGCUUUUUAAAACCUUAAGCGAAAUCCAUUUUUAUAGACUGGUAGGGUAAACAUCCUACUAAUUCUCCAAUCAAUGCAAAGCCUACAUUUUUUACUCUGUUACUUAUCUGUGUGGAUCAACUUUUUUUCGUUAUUCUGCCACGUCAGCCAGGCGACAGUAGUAACUCAGGAGUCCGUAACCAUGGCAACAAGUGGCAAAGUUGAUUCACCCAUCAAUAUUGUCUCGAAGCAAUAUUUAAUGGCCAAAAGUGGGACUGCUUACCCUAUGUUUUUCUUUUUCAUUCGAUAAUCGUCAAUUUUUAUGAACUAGACAUUAAUUGAAUCAAUUUUCAUUCCAACUUGCGUUGGCAUUUAUGGCAUAAAAGAACAAUUUGAAGCAUUUGUAAUUAAUUUAUUUAUUUUAGUGUAAGCGUAAAAUUUAUACAAUUACCUAUAUAAUUAUAAAAUGUCGAAAUAAGUUUAAAUAUUGUAGAUAAGGUGGAAACCUAGAAUAGGAUAAAAAUUACAAAUAUACCUUUAUGCAGCUCAAAACUAAAUCAUGUCCAUACAAUUGUGCUCGAUUUUAUGCUAGUCAUGAUGAUUGCUUAAAGCUAACCAAUGAUUUAGUUCGUUUUUUUAGCAUUAGAAAGAACUUAAAAAAAGAAGGUAUGCGAUCUUGACAUGUCUUUUAAUUCAAAAACGCUUUUUAAAAAUCAGUAACCAUUACUUAUGAAAGCAGAAGAAUAUAAAUGAUCGUAUUAGAUUCAUAAUUGUUACAUAUUUGCCAUAACUUAUUUUUAAAAUGUGUUUUUCAAUAAAAAGACACAUCAAGAUUUACCUUAUUUCUAAUGCUAAAAAAAACGAACUAUAGGUAAUACUGUUUCUGAACAGUGACGUAGGCACUUGUAUGUUUUCCUUAUUUCAUGAUUAUAAUAUAACCACAUACAACCUCUUAUUGAUUUUGAACAAAUAUUUUUAUUGAUUUUUUUUACCUACCGAUGUGUGUUAAUAUAAAAAUCAUAUUUCUGUCAAUUUCAUCAGUUAGAAACAAGGUAAUGAGAAUUAGUCAAAAUAUUUAUAAAGUGUCUCUAUGUGAUGCCUAAGUAAAUAUUCUAAAUCAAUAUCGUUCCCUGUUUCCUGUACCAAGUAAAUUUGGUUGUACAUACUUAUGCUAAGAGCUGUCCAAUGUAAAGUGAACCGUAAACUGCUCAAGAAUCAAUUUCCUCGACCGUACAUUGUAAUGCACAUACGAGGCACUUCUUUUUCGAGCUAUUCUUGUUAGAAUUAAUUCACUCGUUAUGAAAUGACUUUGUAAAUAACUGUUGUUUGUCUCAUGUGUCUAUAUUUUUCUCUUCUCUUUUUAUUCUUCUACUAGGAAUUACAGAACCGGUAGUGUUUGUAACAACCGAGAUUUAAGGUAGCAGCCAAAAAUGGAACUGGUAUUUCCCGAUAUGUUCGACCGGUAUUGUUGACUUGAGGUCAUGAUGCGGGUACAAAAUAUUGUAGCUAUAAAUUAAGACCUCCAACACAACGAUUUUGAUAAAACAUCUAAGAACCACCUCUGUAGGCUGUAGUAAACCUGCUUUCAAAUAAUCAUACUCGGUUUAACCGUUUAAGAGCUAAGGUGCCAAAGACAGACAAAGACACAUCGGUCAAACACAGGGGCAGGUCAGGGGUUACUAAAACGGUCCGAUUAAGAAACACUUUCAGAGAUACCCCUAGCAUUUGUUAGUUUUAGGAUUUAGGGGUUUUUGGGGACAUAAACGUAAAGUUAUUUACGAAUUUUCCUUGUAGAUCUAGAAUAGACAUAAUUACACAUCGGUAACUCGUGGCAUUUAGGUAGCACUUAAAAGAUUAGUGAUGAGCACACAUCGGUAACUCGUGGCACUUGACAGUUUCUAACAGACUAGUGAUGUGACAAUGUUCUUCCUAUACGAGUCGAGAAAAAGAAACCAUUAAAAAAAGGAAUUAAUUAAACUAAUCUUUUAAGUGCUACCUAAAUGCCACGAGUUACCGAUGUGUAGACAUAAUAUUGAUGUGAUCGUAGGUUUCUGGAUUUAUUUAUAUCGUUGUGAUUUGUACUAAUCAUUCCUUUAGCAUUGUUUGAGAGCAUGUUUUUACAUUUUUUGAUCCUUGUAAAUUAUGGGCUUAUUAUAUAAUUAUUGUAUGACUUUUAUAAAAAUAAAAUGUACCUACAGUAAAUCAGGCGUGUAUUCGAUUCAGUUUGUAAUUUUAAUUAUUAUAAAUAUAAAAAAUAUUUUUUUAUUGUGAAUUCAUUGUACUGUACUUAAAUGACAGGUUGCCAGUUGUUAAUUUGAAUUGAAAUUUUAUUGUUAAACAAUUUGUUGUUUAUUUAAGGUGAAUUAAAUGAUUUGUUGGGUU